AUAAUGUGCUACUGAUCUUGACAUUUUUAGGGCCGUUCAUCAAAAAGAACAUAAUAAAUAAUAAAGAUAUUAGACGUGAUAGUACAAAUUAUAAUUCAGUAUGGCAACAGUUUUGACAGCCGGAUCAGCCGGCCGGCGAAUUGACAACAAAUGGUUGCGGCGGUGUUUUUUCAUAUUGUUAUCAUUCAUACGUUGUCGUUGCUGAUAAUUUGUGAAUUCUGUCCACAAUUAACUUGCUUUGUGCUGUGCUACCUGCCUGUGAUUCCGUUGAGUUGAGACUUUCUCCUCCGGUUCCGGUUAGUACCACCCGGUUUGUUUGUGUUUUCAGAGAUUUUUACUCGCAAUUAGAGAUAGGACUCAAGUGUUAAUUGUACUUUCCCUUAUUUGAUUCCCGUUCUACGAUGUCACGCUUGAAGUGUUGUGUUGCUGGUUGUUUUGCAUCGGGUAAUGCAGACCCCAUUUUGCACAUAUUUCCCAAUCCUGUGAAGGACAAAGACCGCUUUAACAGCUGGAUAUUUGCAAUAGGAGGAGAAAUAAUUGGUUUGGACAAUGAAUUUAUAUUUCAACAACGACGUGUAUGUCAUGCACAUUUUGAAAACAAGUUUCAUUGUCGCAACAACAGAUUAUCCAACAAUGCCAUACCAACACUAAAUUUGCGAGAACCUCCAAGGCUUUUACCCAAGGAAAACCCACCAUUUAGACCUGUAUAUUCCUCUGAUGAACCUAUACCAUCCACAUCUAAAGUUUCAGAUUUUGGGACUAAGCUGCAGUAUAUGGAUAAAGAAAAAAAGGAGUCCAUUAUUUCGACACAUAUACCAACUUGCUAAAAAAAGAAGAAUGAAAAUGUAUAAAACAAACUCUGAAAAGAAAUUAUAUAAAAAUGUAAUGUUGUUGAGAACCAAAUUGAGCAAACUUAAAUCUAGAGUGAAAAAACAAGCUGCA